CCAACCCCCGAAAACAGCGCCGAGAGAGGACGACCUUCACACGGUCACAGCUGGACAUCCUAGAGAACCUCUUCUGUAAGACUCGUUACCCGGACAUUUUCAUGAGGGAAGAAGUGGCGCUCAAGAUCAAUUUGCCGGAGUCCAGGGUUCAGGUGUGGUUCAAAAAUCGAAGAGCAAAAUGCAGACAGCAGGCUAAAGCUGCAGACCAAAAGAAAACAACGAACACCAGCGGCAACACCAUCAGUAGCAACAACAGCAACAGCAGUAACAGUAGCAAUAAUGGCGGAAGCACCACCAGCCCACCGCCAAAGAAAGAACCCAAACCUACCCCACCACCAGCGUCUGUGUCACCUAUCGAUUACAAGCCAUCCGUUGCCUCGCCCAUGCUGCAUCCGCCGAGCAUCUCGUUGACAGGCAGCCAACAGAGACGAGAUAGCAGCGAUGUGUGGAACCCGGCCAACCCCAUGUUCCAGCCCAUGGCGGAUUUAAGCAGCUGCAUGCAGCGCCCUCAUUACGGCAUUCCUAACGGUCAGACUCAUUACGGACAGCAAAACUACAAUGGCUACCACCACUACGGUAGCAACAUGGAUUCGGUCUAUUCCCUCCCCAGCAUGCAAAUCCCUGUUAUGUCCAGCUCACAUCAAGUCGGGAACCUUCCUUCGCAACAUUCAUACCAGAUGGCAGGUUAUGGAUCUCUGCCUCCUGCCAACACUCUUCCACGCCCUAACCCCCAACCACACGGAGACUGCGGUGAUUACAAAGACUAUGUUCGGCUGUUUUAA